CGGAAAUGUCUCGGAUUACUCUCAGUCAAUCUACUUGAUCCUGUUUUUCACAAUGAUGGAAAUACUGAAAAAUCAUCAGCUUCUGAUAUCAGAUGCGGCAGUCAGCCCUUAUCACAACGUGGUACGAAAAUCAGAUCGAUUCAAUAAUGGUCCUACUUCUACACCGACGCCUCUGACUCCCUAUCAACUGGUGGAAAACCUGAGAAAGCAGAUUACCGUGAAAGAUGAGGAAUUGGAAAAAGCUGAGCAGCUCAAUAGAAGUUUUGAAAAGCUGGCCCAGCUAAUUAGUCUCCUGGGACAGAUUGAUUCGUUUCUCACGGAGAAAACGAAAAGUUUGAUCAGAAAAGUUGCCGCCAUGGCUGACGAUAGCGGAAGAGAAGGAAUAAGCGAGCAAGAGUUCAACAGCGGAACAUUGAAUUUAAUGUAAAGUAUUCAUUAUAAAUUAUAGAAAAUACAAUAUUGAAAACAUUCCAUCGUUUUAGUAGCUACA